AAUCCAACUGGCUGUGUUGAACAGUCGGGAGGACACAACAGGAGAUCACACACACUCACUUCUGGGAUGUGUGUGUGCAGCAACAGCGGGAUCAUUCUCUCUCACUAGACGGACAAUGAGAACUGAUGGUUAUUUUUUGGGGGGUCGAAGGGAGAUGUUUUCCAUUUUCUUGCAGACAUUCGGGGGGGUGGGGGUGGGAAAUGUUUCAUUCUUGGAAUACUUGAGGAGUGACGGCAACUUUCCCCCUACUCGGACUUCACACUAAUCAGAGGGCAAGACGCUGAGAGAGAAAGAGAGAGAGGGGAAAAAAAGGAGACAGAGGGAGAGAGAGAGAGAGAGAGAGAACAGAACUGGGCUUAACGAUGCAAAGGGAGCAACAUUCAGCUCAGUGUUUACGCACAGAACCACCUCGGAGCGUGGCGGCUGUGUAACCGAGAAGCAAUGCUGUCUGCGGGGAUGCGGUGCCCGCCGCGGUCCCUGCCCGCUGAUGUUGCGGCUCGGUCGGGCUGCGCACGGAGCCUGUGGGCGGCUGUGAUUGGACCGGACACGGACUGGGGCUGACUGAUGUUUGUCCGUGCGAGCAAUAUGUUAAAAGGAGGAGAUCAAUGGGAGUUACCGGCGAGCUUGGAGAUGGCAGUGUCUCCGUAUUGACGGGAGGAAGGAGGACAACAAGCACGAGGAAUAUGUUUUGGAUAUAAACAGACUGCCCCCCUCCGAAAAUGUCUUUUUUCUCUGUCAUUGCCUGUUGAGACAGACUGCUACAGAUGGACAUAUUUUUUUGCUGCCAUUCCACUGAAGUUUUUGUUCCCUUAUAAAGACUAUCAUGUACCUCCUAAUAUAUUUUCAUAUAAAGUUGAAGGACUUUUAUUGUGGCAUUUUCUGUUAACUUAUUGAACAUUGCAGGAACAUUUUAAAAGAGGGGGAAGAAAACUUUUAUUCCGUAGGCUAUCUGCAAUUCCCAAGAAUUUCCAAGAAUUUCCGAAAUGCAUUCAGUGAUGCCAUGAAACAUGGCUUAUAUGUGGGUUGCACAUCUGCUUUUUUUACUCCCACUCCUCAGAGUGGGGACGGCUUUCUCUGGAGUUUUUAACACCACAGACAGAGACGUUUUCACCGAUGACUUGCCACGGGUCAAGCUCGAGCGGUGGAAGCUCCACUCCGCCGACUCGCACCCCAGCCUAUAUUUUAACCAGGCGGACGUGUUGCACUUGAGGCAAAGGUCCUCCACCACCCACAGCUACAUCUUUAAAGUCAUCCGGGCAGCUGUGCUCACCAUGCUUUCCAACGCUCCCUCUUACAUCCCCCCUGCAAAGCAUGAGGAGUUUACAAGCAAGUGGAAUGAGAUCUAUGGGAACAACUUGCCCCCUCUGGCUCUUUACUGCCUGCUGUGCCCCGAGGACUCAGCCGCCCUGCAGUUUCUUUUAAAGUUUAUGGAUAGGAUGGCCAACUACCCAGACUGGAAAGUGACCAGUGCACCGAAUGAUGAGGUCCCCACAGCCCACUCUCUGACGGGGUUUGCAACUGCUUAUGACUUUAUUUACUCCUUCUUGGAUGAAAGUAGGAGGGACGCAUACCUCAAGAAAAUUCGCUCAGAGACAGAAGCACUGUAUGAGCUCUCCAAAUACAGAGCAUGGGGGAAACAGUACCUCCAAAACCAUCAAACCACUAAUAUCUUAGCCAUCCUAACUGGUGCAAUAGUGGUGGGCUCACAUAACGACCCAGAGUCGAUGAUCUGGAAACAGGUGUCGGUGAACUACAUGGAGAAAACCAUGUUUCUCCUUAAUCACAUUGUGGAUGGUUCUUUGGACGAGGGAGUCGCUUAUGGAAGCUACACAGCCAAGUCCAUAACGCAGUACGUCUUUUUAGCCCAGCGCCAUUUUAACAUCGACAACAUGCAGAACAACUGGCUGCGGGGUCACUUCUGGUUUUACUAUGCCACUCUCCUGCCAGGCUUCCAGAGGACAGUCGGCAUAGCAGACUCCAACUACAACUGGUUUUACGGACCGGAGAGUCAGCUGGCUUUCCUCGACACGUUCGUCUUGAAGAAUGGAACAGGAAACUGGCUGACUCAGCAGAUUCGGAAGCACAGACCGAAGGAUGGACCCAUGGGGCAGUCGUCGGCCCAGCGCUGGGCUACGCUCCACACAGAGUACAUCUGGUACAACUCGCAUCUCACACCUCAACCUCCCCAUGACUUUGGCAAAGCGAGGAUGCAUAUUUUCUCUAACUGGGGGGUUGUUACCUAUGGAGCUGGACUUCCUGCUGGCCAGAGUAAUACUUUUGUUUCCUUUAAGUCUGGACGUCUGGGCGGCCGUGCAGUCUACGACAUCGUUCAUGACAAACCUUACUCAUGGGUAGAAGGUUGGAACAGCUUUAACCCUGGCCAUGAACACCCAGACCAGAACUCCUUCACAUUUGCUCCCAAUGGGCAGGUGUUUGUAUCUGAAGCACUUUACGGUCCCAAAUAUAGCUAUCUUAACAAUGUGUUGGUGUUCAGUCCAUCUCCUACCAGCCAAUGUAACAGUCCAUGGGAGGGGCAGUUAGGGGAGUGUGCCAAGUGGCUGCGCUGGACUGAUGAGGGGGUGGGUGACGCCAGAGGAGAGGUGAUUGUUGCCUCUGAGCACAGGGACACUAUGUUUGUGAGCGGGGAGGCUGUGUCAGCAUACUCCCCAGCCAUGAGAUUAAAAAGUGUUUUCAGAGCCUUGGUUCUGCUAAAUUCCCAAACGUUGCUGGUGCUCGACCACGUUGAGAAGUGGGCUGACUCCCCUGUGAAGUCUCUCAGUGCGUUUUUCCACAACCUAGACAUUGAUUUCAAAUAUGUUCCCUUUAGAUUUAUGGAUAAAUACAACGGUGCCAUGAUGGAUGUGUGGGAUGCUCAUUAUAAAAUGUUCUGGUUUGACAGCCAGGGUCACAGCCCUGAGACCAGAAUACAGGAGGCAGAGCAGGCUGCGGAGUUUAAAAAGAGGUGGACACAGUAUGUCAAUGUCACUUUUCCAAUGACAGGCGCAGUCAGCAGAGUAGCUUAUGUGUUACAUGGCCCAUAUGUUAAAGUGUCCAGUUGUAGAUUUAUAGAUAACAGCAAAAAUGGUGUGAGGCUUUCUUUAACCAUAAAUAACACGGAGAAGAUUGUUUCUAUAGUUACUAACUAUAAAGAUAUUGGAGCAAGAUUGACUUAUAUAGGAUUUGGCGGUCACUGCAAAGUUGAAGAUAGAUAUCAAAUCACUAGAUAUGGCCUUGGGACGCAGCACAUCCCUAAACAAAUUAGCAACGAUAAUCAGCUCUUUGACAUUGGAUUCACUCUCAAUGUGGUCGCGGGCGUUGUUCUCUGUGUGGCCAUAGGAUUUUUGACCAUGCAGAGAAAGUUUUAUGUUUGCUUCAGCAGACUGAUGCGGUAUGCCUUGCUCUCUGUGCUUGUCCUCUGGAUAGUCGAGUUGCUGUUUGUUUCCAACAGCUGCGAUCAGCUACUCUGCGGAGUAAAGUGGAAAGGUGCAGACACCAAAAGUGAAGCAAGCAAACAAAUCAGGUUGUACGAGCAGCACCGGCUCCCCCUUCCCACCGUGGUCAUAACAGCUCUUCCUGGGUCGGGGUCAGAAAUACUCAAGCACCUUUUCUAUAAUAACUCAGACUUUGUUUACAUAAGGGUUCCUACUGAACAUGUGGAUAUUCCUGAGACUGAGUUUGAGUUUGACUCACUGGUUGACACCUGUGAGUGGUCAAGGACAGAUGCUGUGCAUGGACGGUUUAAGAUCAUUCAGAGCUGGCUACAUUCACUUGUGCACAAUACCAAGCUACACUUGCAAAAUAUCCAGCUUGCAGAGGGCAGCAGGGUCAAACAGCCCCAGAGAGCAAGCCCCUCUAGGGACAGAAAGAAAAGAUCCAGGCGGAGGGAGCCUGCGUCCGAGCUGAAGGGCAGGCUGAGGGCCAGCCUGGACAGAGACGCAGAGUACGUUAGGGAGAUGAGACGGCAUGUCGCGGAGUACCCCAACGCCCAAGUGGUCCUCAACAUGCGGAGCGGCAGCUGGACGCUUAAACUGCCCUUCAUUCAAGAAGUGGUUGGCAUCUCCCUGAGGGCAGUCUAUUUGGUCAGAGACCCUCGGGCAUGGAUUUAUCUCAUGGUUUAUAACAGCAAACCUAGUCUUUACUCACUGAAAAACAUCCCACAGCACCUUUCCUUGAUAUUCAAGGAGGAUUCUGUAAGGGGAGGGUGCCCAGCAAUUGCCCCAGAGUUUAAAACAAUCCAGUGGCUGCUGUCCCGGUCAGAGACGAACCCUAUCCUGAUCCUUGCUCAUCUGUGGCUGGCUCACACGGCGGCAUCACUUCGAGUUGCUGAGAGCCUCCCCGAGGACUCCUACCUUCGAGUGAGGUUUGAGGACGUGGUCAGCUUCCCCCAGGAGACAGCGGAGACAAUACACACAUUCCUGGGAGUUCCUAUGUCGCCAGCAGCCCUCAAUCAGCUGACAUUUACCACCUCCACAAACCUGUACAACCUUAUGUACGAAGGGGACAUCUCACCAGCAAACAUCAACAUAUGGAGGCAGAAAAUGCCUCGAAAGGAUGUCAGACUUAUAGAGGAUAUAUGCGGAGGUGUAAUGAAAAGGUUGGGCUAUGCCAGGUCUGCCAGUUAACUGCUGCUGAUCAGCUUGUCUUGAGCUGUCAUGUUUACUGUAGCUGCCACUCAAAUAUAUUUUCUCUUUUUAUUUUGCACUGAAAUUUAAGAAAGUUAGUUGCCUGUCUCUCUGUGUCCAAAUGUUUUGCGCUAAGUGGGGGUGUAUUUAGGGAUUUGUGCAGAAUAUGCCAACAAUGUCUUAGACGGAAGAAUAUUUAUAUAUAUACAAUAGGUGGAAGGGAUAGUGUGUUUUCCUCCAGCAGCUGCUCAUGUUUACCUUUAGCACUUCUUCUCUAAGGGAGAUUUUUAAACAUUUACUGUCUUACAACAGGAAGAGCAUUUACUUUCAGUACAGCACCUCAUUUCAUAAACGACUGCUUACUGUUUUGUUUAAAAAUGUAAAAUCAUUGUUUUUUUUUUGUUUUCUGCAUAAUUAAUCUUUUUCAUUUGAUUUGUUUUGGAGGAGAUUAUUAACUGGUUUGGUGGAAAUAUUUUGGGGCUGUGGGAAACAAGUUUGGCACAGUACUGUAAAUGAAUAUAUUUUCCUGGUUAUUCAUGAAAAAGUUGACUGUCAAAGAAAACAGGAGAGAAAGAAAGAAAGUAAGAAAGAAAGAAAGUGUAUUUGCUGCUAUGUAUCUCUAAAUGUUGUUUUUAAUUCAUUUCUUGUUACAAUUAGAUUUAAACAGGAGAAGAACACCCAUUUUUAUUCUUAAUGUUCAAAAAAUCAAAAAAAUUUUAUUUGGAAUUUUAAAGAAAUAUCACUAAAGAGAAAGUAAAAAGACAAUUUGAAUAUCUAUGAUUAAGAAAAUUAGAGAAAUUAAAAGAUCUCAAAUUGAUUUCUAGAGGUAAACAAAUAGAUGUUUAGCAGAGAAAAAGUUCACUUGCUUUAUAUUGUCUAGUGAAAGGUACAUUUUGAAAACAUCUGUGGAUAUGACAAUGAUUAUGUGAGUUCCACAAAACACUUUUUUGACACUAACAAUGUCAAAAAAAAAUCCAUCAGUCAAGUCUUACAGAUAAAUUUUAAAAAUUAUAAUAAUGGCAUAUUCUAUUGAAUUUCAUUUUUCAUUCUGUAUCAUUACCAGUAAGCUGUUACAUGUUUCAUGUAGCAGAUGACAUGUAACUUUCUCUUCACAGUUAUGAAAACCACCGACUGGCUCUGGAAACUACAUAUAAACAAUGAAAUUAAACAACUGCACUUCAGUUGUGAAUAAUUCACAGUUCAGUUCAGUGCAGUUUCAGACAUGAAUUGUUCUCUCACUUUCAGGUAAACAAAUAUCUGAAGGUUUUGAUGUGGAAAUGGAGGCUGAGUCCACUAGUUUAUAGCCAAAGUUUUGGAAUCAGGGAACAUUUCUCCAACUGAAAUUAUCAGAAUUCGCCAAGACUUUCUGAAGGAGGGGUUUCCUGAUCACACAAGCACAUGGUACAGCGGGAGGAAAUCCUGCAGCAUGUGUGCUCUUUCCAUCAAAGAUGGAAAAUAUUUAGUUAACAUGGAGCCUGAUAAAUAUGGAUUAUUUAAUUAUUUCAUGCUAAAUAUCAAAGACGGGAGACAAAAAGAUUUUUAUUUUGUUGGUCAUUGAUGUUCUUGCUGUCACCCACAGAUACUUAAUAAAUGAUCUUUUAAAAGGCAACAUUAUAAUCUAUAUAAUCAAUGCUGUUUAAUGUAUAUUAUUAAUAAUAUGUUCCAUUAAUAAUAACAGUAUUAAUCAUUAUUGAGUAUCAAUGAUUAUGAUGAUCAUUACCAAUCAUUUUUAUUAUUAUUAUUUGAUAUAUAUUUUCUUACGUACCGGCCCUAAAAUGAGCUUAAAAAGAGUAGAGAGUGAAGGAUUAAGAAAGAUGUAAGAAAUGGGAUUUAUCGCAAAUAAGAACUUUUGAUUAUUUUUGUCUUUAAAAAGUGUAAAACCGAAUGCUGCAUGAGAGGCAGAACAUCAGCGGCUUACACACAUAAAUGCUUUGAUUGCAUUUUAAUUGAAUCAGCUGACAGAUUUCAUUUUAAAGCUCAAAGAUGUCAUGGCAGUUGUGUGGCCUGGCACUAUUACAGGGACUCUUUUGAUUGAAAAUGAGGGAGUAUGAGUUUUUCUUUUAAAAAUUAGUCUCAAUGUUUGAAAAAAAACCAGCCUCUAAAGAUGUAACGUGUAGCAGAAUGUGAGUCGAGAGUAUUUAUGGCUUCCAAAGACAUACAUCCCAAAGGAUCGAGAAUGAAUAUGAUUAUUAUAAUGACUCCCUUUUAGCAGUUACUGAAUCAGAGAGAAGAGCUUAAUGGAGAUCAAACUGAAAAAAAAGAAAACCUGAACUGUCAGCCCUGAUGCAUUUCUCAUCGAUGCCGUUUUUAAAGCAUUCCCCUCAGCAACCCCCAUUAAUCUGGAGAAUGCAUAACUGAGGCGGUGUUUUACCCUUUUCAAAAUCUUCACUGCAAAGAAACUGAGGAACAUGCAAACGGCACAGGUUUCCAUCUCCUGAAACGUUCACUCUGUUAUGAUCUCUGGCUUUUUUUAUUUUAUUUUUCAUCUACAGAGGACAGUGAGAUCUUCACUAAACGGGGGGUGAAUAAUAAAUUUAGAGGAAAAACAAAGAGACCUUCUCAUCUCUGUGAUGUUAAGCUGUUGCUUGGGCAAAAACGUAUGCUACUCAGUAACCUUUGAAGCCGUCUCUCUUUAAACCUUUUUGCACUGCAACUGGAUCACAUGUAUCAUGCACAUGGUGCGCUCAUUUAUACCCACAAAAACAACAUAAUUGGGUAAUCAUUUCUCCACUACAAUCAGCUGUGUUUGUUUUCUUCCAUGGUCUUCACUGGCUGGACACCCCCCACGGCCCCGCCUCCACCCGUUUGAUGUUUGUGGUCUUUGAAUGUGUAGAUUUUGGCAGACAUGCUUUCACUUUUGGUGUUGCAAUCCUGUUAGCGACUCAGUGUUUUGUAUUUGCUUGUGGGGAUACAGUUCCUUGCUUCUGUGGCCUUGAAUUACAAUCAUUUCCAUGUUGACGGGGGUUUCUGUUGGCUCUGGAGCAGGAGGUGGCCACGAUGUUCAGAAAAUAAUAAAUACAUGAAUAUAUUCGCAAACCA